UUUCUUAAUUUGAUUGCAUGGUGUGUAUUAAAAGGAAGAAGAGGUUGGGAGAAUUGAGACAAGCAGCUAAGGUUCAGAGGUAUGGAUCAGUGGUUCCAAUUUCUGGAUCUGAUUUUGUACGCGAGGUUUCCCAGGCUCCACCAGAUGUUUGGGUCGUCGUCAUUUUGUACAAGGACGGAUACCCAGAAUGUGGGCUUCUUCUGCAAUGCUUGGAACAGCUGGCAACAAAAUACCCGGCAACGAAAUUUGUUAAAAUAAUAUCUACUGACUGCAUUCUUAACUAUCCGGAUUGUAAUCUUCCAACUCUUUUGGUGUACAAUAAUAGUGCUGUCAAGGCAAAUUAUGUGGGCUUGCAUAAUUUUGGGCGCAGAUGUACUCCUGAAGGUAUCUUAUUAUAUCUAAAACAAUUUCAAUAGUUUUUAUCGUUCUUUCUAUGCCCCUUGGAAUGUGCCAUUAAGUUGCUGUUUCUCUAAGAAUCUGAAUUUCUUAGAUCUUUGUGUUAGUGUAUGUAGUUAUCAUGAGCUUAUAUGUAGAUAUCCAGUCAUCAAAAGU